AGAUAGUAUAAAUGAAAAUAAAAGUCCUUAGACGAAGUGAAGAGGCAUAUGUACUCAGUACUGCGCCGUAAAUACCGGUUUUCAAGCUGAACCCCUGCAGGAUCUACAUCUGCGAGACUGUGACAGUCAUUUAGUCACAUAUCGCGUGGCGUGUUCGGUGCUUAUCUAGUAAGAUUGCGCACAUGGACACGCGCCACGUUUGCCAUGUACUUUAAACUACCGGUUAUAGUUUUAUUUACUUUGGUUCAUGUAUAGUUUGACUGUUGGUUAUGUCAUUGGAAGGCGAUAUUUGAUGCUAUGAUGUAGGGGAGUAUAAAUGCCCGAGGGGAUAUGUAAUCCUUUUCGCUUACAACUUUGUUUUUCUAAUAUCAAGUAAACUAAAACCAUGAUUGCCAGUACUCUCGCGACAGUUGCCACGCUUCUUGCGUGUACGAUCACAACUAGUGCGCAUGUGGCCCUCAUCCCGAAUGAGGCCGAGAUGGGGUCGAACUUUAACCUGGGGUUCAAACUUCCCCAUGGUGGUGAAGAAGCCGGGACAGUUGCGUUUACUGUCACUCUACCGGAAGGCACAUACUCGGUCAAGCCUCGUCCAGUAUACGGUUUCAGCGUAUCUCGCACUCUGAGAGAACUUGUACCCGACGUCGAAGUCUAUGGCAGUAUGGUAAACGAGACCGUCGAUACUAUCACUUGGACAGCAGUAUACGGGUACGAGGUACCGACAUGGGCUGUCGAAGUUUUCGAGAUAUAUUUGACCCUCCCAGCAAAUCAAACCGGAACCAUGCCCUUCCCGGCAGUACAAACCCUCAGCGACGGCGAUGUGUACGAAUGGAUCACCGGCAACUCAACUAUGGGGCCAUACAAUGGGACCGCUGAGGCCGUUGUUGUCGACGAACAUGCCGGCCACCGUAGACGCCGAGAAGUCGAGACGGCACCUGUAUUAACUGUGGUUGCCCCCACUACAGCCGCAUAGAUUCGCAGGCUUUCAGGUAUAAUAUAUUCGACGAAGAAUCUUCACUCCGGGCAUACCAAUUUAUGAGGCGUAUACAACAAAUACGAAUAGAGGUGGAUGGGAUUUGUAGGCAACUUCUAGGCCCGCAUUUCUUCCAGCAAUAUAUUGCUCGAAUCAAUAGCAAUAAUAAUAAAAACAUUUAAUCUUGAAGCGAGUCUAUAUAGAAAUUGUC